CAGUCUGUUUCACGGUCAGACAAUCAAGUGUGUCCCAAUAGUAAAUGGACGUGAAGAUGGUUCAGGAGGCAGAGAAGGAAAUACUGGCAUGUAUUUCACCGCGGAUCAGACAUAUGAUCGAAGCCUUGAUGCUUGAAGGAAAAGUUGGUGUGUGUUUUGGGAAGGUUCGAGUGAUUGACACACUGACAAGUUGCGCCUCAGUUCACACGUACCCCAACUGCGACAGGUUCAAGCUUAUCGUACCAUAUGCUGGCCAGUCCAUCACAUGGGAAGUAUUGUUUGACUGCAACCAUCCGAAGGAUCCUCCAGAUUUCAUAUUUGGCCCAGAUGAUGAUGAGUUUUGUCCAAAUUUGGAAGAUCUACAGUGUUUGCAUGACUGGGACUAUGAUGACUCGCGAUCGCUGUUGGAGAUGGUGUCAGAACUACUGGAGAAGUAUCGUCUACAUCAGCAGACGUUGAUAGAGAAGAGCUCACGACUCAGUUUUGACUUCUCCUCACUCAUGCUCCAGGAAGAAAUCACACCAACAGAUGUCGAGAUCAUGCUUUCUAAGAAUGAGCAUGGCAAGAUGGGGUCAGUGAAGUUCCUUGUGAAAUUGUCCAUAGAUUUCUCAAAGAUUCCGGCAUAUUUAACAAAGGACAACCCGGGAGAAGACUCGGCAAUGUUGUUGUUAAGUCUUCCAUCUCCAGAGAGUUCACGAGUCACACCCCAACUGUUCCUGUCACCCAAAGUAGAACACGCCCUAGGUGGAUCAUCCAGUCUGCGGAUACCCAACUUUGUAUCAGGAACACCCUUAGGGGAUUAUGUGCAUAAAGUAUGUCAACUGUUGAAAAACAAGGUGGAUAUAGUGAUACAAGGCCACGACAAGAAGAAGGAGUACCUGGCUUCCUUCUUAAGCCUGUAUGGCAGAUCGGUUCUUGAAUAUGACAUGGAGAACUUUAACAAGAUGUCAUACCUGUUUGAGUGGAAUGACUUCUUCUUUGUAAUCAUUAUUGAGAUGCCACUCUUCUUCCCCAAAGAGCAGCCAGUGUUCACGUUUCAGUCUAUAUACCACGAACACAAGGGCAAACCAUACACGGAAUCCUACCACGACUACCCCUACAGCCCUCGCUGGAGUGGCACCGAGAUGGCCGAGAGGGCAAGAUCAUUUAUUCUUGACACAGUAGGAGUCUUCCAGAGGACUUCAGUGCAGAAUGGACAGUUUUGAGAUUGCCAUACACUUAAUUUUCAACAACCUUAGUGCAAUGCGACUUCCACAGUCUUCGGUGCUCAGUGGCUCCCAACACAAGAGAAAAAUCAGGAUUUGACAUUUUUAUCUGAAAGAAGAUUCCACAUCCUCUGUAACAUUUUGCCAUCUGAAUUUGAGAUGCUUACUUGUGCGUCAUGCAUAAGAAUGUUCAGGUGGGUGGGUGUUGGGGGUUCAUCAGCUUGAUGUCGACCAAGUCAUCAAUUCACUUAACCACUGAUAACGAUGUGAUUCUUGCAGUGCCAACAGUGACCCCUCAGUUCUUAGCUUUACAGCGGAAGCUCUUAAAGGGAGUGUUUCUCUUUAUUGUGACAUGUGACUCACUGCAGUGCAUGAAUGAGAUAUAUUAUAUGAUACGUGCUAUUAGAUAUACUUGUUCAUGAAUGAUCCAACAUUUUUAUGACUUGGAUCAGUUGUGAACUUUUUGUACGUUUGUAACUUAGUUUUACUUACUGACGAAUAACACUAAAAUGUCUUAGUUGUGAUGGGGAAUCAGGACAUACCUUUAAAAGUAACAUCAGGAAUGAUGGGGUAGUGCAGUGGUUAAAGUGUUCGCUUGACAUGCUGGAGUCCUGGGUUUGUACCUCACAUGAUGUAUGAAGCCCUAGGUCCCCUGCUGUAUUAUUGCUUAAAUAUUCUGAAAUAUUCCCAGUUAAAAGCCACACUCACUCUCACACCAAGUAAUAUCAUUGUGACAACCCAAUCAAUUGUUCCAUGAUCUCUUUCAUUCAAUGAUUUCCCUUAACUAAGUACAGCUAAGUGGUUGUAACCGAGGAUAUUUUAAGCUUUAAGUUUGCAGAACCAAUUACCAGUGCUACAAACUGUCACUGUGCAAUGAAAGCGGACAUUUGACCGAUCUGUGAGUGAACUGAUAAAAUACAAAAAACUUAUUUAGAAACAUCAGUUUCACAAGUACAUUAUUAGAAACCAUAUUAUAAAAACCAAUAAACUGAAUAUGGGCAUUAA